CGUCGCAUCGGACAACCAGGUCACCAGACAGUCCCUUGGCGGUGCGGAGCGAGCGCGGCGGCGCCAGCAUGCGCCCGGCCUCCGCAUCCUCAGCGCCUCUGGCGAGCCCCGAAUACUACGAGAGGCUGGGUCGCCUCCAGCGCGGGCUGCGGGACAGUGAAAAAAAGAGACUGGACCUGGAAAAGAAACUUUAUGAAUAUAAUCAGUCUGAUGUAUGCAGAGUUAAGCUGAAGUAUGUGAAGCUGAAAAGAUACCUGAAGGAAAUAUGCGAAUCAGAAAAGAAGGCUCGUACUCGAAACCAAGAGUAUUUAAAGCAGUUUGAGCGUGUCCAAGCUCAUGUUGGACACUUUACUACAAAUACAAAGAGGCUUCAGGAACUAAAGACUGAAUAUGAGACUCAAAUUAAGAAGAUGCAGCUAUUCUCAAAAGAUAGCCCUGGAGUGAAAGGUGAACUGAAAGAUGAAGACAGAGAAAAGGUUGCAAGGCAGGCAGGAACUAACUCGGGGACAGCCAUGUCAAGAGGAUUGUAUCAACCGGCAACAAUCUUUAUGGGCCGCCAAAUGUCAGCCGUCUCAAGCAUUGGAGGUUUCAGUACAGAGCAGAAAUCUUCCCAGCCCACAAAGAACUUUUCAAUUCCUGACCCACAUUCACACCAACAGACAGCCCAGAGCGGUAAUGUGACAGACAGCUAUGUAGUACAAACUAAUAGUGACACACAGUGCUUAAAUAAGUCUGACAAAAUAGAUGGAAAGACAUCUCUUCAGAUUGGUGAGAAAACGCCAGUCACAGCCAGCGCAUUGUCUGAGGAGGAACAAACUCAUUGCUUGCAGAUAGGAAGCAACACGCGUCACGGCGAGAGUAGUUUAUCUGAAGGCAAAAAGUCUGCUGAACUCCAUUCCCCGUUACAGGAAAGAUUAAGUCCAGAGAACAGAACCACUGAUUUACAGUGUGACAGUUCCAGCAGAUCAGAGGGAUCAGAGGGAGAAAUACUGACACAGGAACGUAUUGAAGUCAAGGAAGAAAGAGCCAGACCGCCAGUCUCUCUGCUAUCAGUCUCAGAAUACUGUGCAUCUGUAAAUAAGUGUUCUCAAGAGAAGGAUUCUGCUUGGGAAGGUUUCUCAGAUCAUCUUCCUCCCAGAGACCCAGAGUCACAGAAACCCUUCAGAAACAUGCACGAAGAGCAAGAGGAGGAGAUUUUGAGCAGCAGCAGCAGUGAUCUCACAGUUUCUGUAAGUGAAGACGAUCUGAUUUUCAAGAGUCCAGAACCACAGCCAAAUCCAAGUGACACGAUGGAAGGAGAAGAUGGAACAGAGGACUUAAAAUUAAUCCACAUUCAGCAAGAACGAGAUGUCCUAUCCACCGAAAACCAUAAUUGUAUUUUGCAAACCCCAGGCUCUCCUGAUUCAAAAAAGGAAUCCGCCACUAACUCACCAACAAGAGAGCUCUAUAAUCACAGUGACAUUCUGAAAGGAGACCUUGAAGCCUGCGGAGCAGCUGUCCUUCACCAGCCCCCAGGAUUCUUACCUGGGGGUGGCAGCAAUGAAAAGCAAGUCAGAUCUGAACAAGCUUCAGGUCAGCAUGUUGCCACCUUGAAAGAACAAGAUAAUUCUAUCAGAGAAGAAGUAGCUAAGCCAUCUGAAAUUUUCCCAGUCAAAAAAGUGAACCAGACGACAAGGGCAACAGCAUUAUUGAAAAAAGCCUUUACAGAAGAGUGUGAUGAUAGGUCAGCUAUUCACAGUAAUGAAUCAUCUUGCAGCUUGCCAUCUAUUCUGAAUGAUAAUAGUGGAAUAAAGGAAGCAAAGCCCCCUCUGUGGCUCAACAGUGUUCGUACAAGGGAACAAGAAGUUUCCAGUGGCUGUGGAGAUGAGAGCAGGGAAGAAAGCAUGGCAGCAAAGAUCCCCAUCACAGAAACAAAAGCCUACCAGUUGCUGAAGCAGUCUACCCUUCAGGAUAAUAUAAAUUGCACUGAAGACAGAAUCCAAAAAGCAGAUAUUUCUGUGUUACAACUGUCAGGUUUGAACAUUGGCAGCCGCACACUCAAGACAAAGACAACUAACAAAAUCGCCUUGGAGGCUAGUUUUUCAUCAAGCGAAGGAAGUCCUUUGUCAAGGCAUGAAAACAAAAAGAAACUAACUACCAAUUUAGAGUCUAAAGCCUUUUGGGGUGAGUCCGAUGACAGUAACUCAGAAAUUGAAGCUGCUUUACGCCCUAGAAACCAUAACACAUCCGCCGAUGACUUUGAUGAUUUUUAUGACUAAUAAGCAGUAACAAUUGUUGGAAAUAAAGGCAUUUAACAAACUAAAA